UCAAAGUACCGCGAGAGCGAUUCGCGAUUCUUUGACGUCAGGUGCCAAUCGGUAUGCGCAGCGCGGCAUGAAGUCUUCGGUUUGUUUUUCCUCAUUUUUCGUCAUAUUUAAACAGCUUUUUAUGCAAAACUUGUAUAUUAGCACCGACAUUUAUGGUCACUGGGUUUCAUCUGCACAACUCUUAAGGCCUCUCACAUUUCCAUGGAUACCAUCAACAUACAUUUCAUUGGACAGAAAGUAUUAUAUUUGAAAGAGAAAGUGUGAUAAGAAAAAUGGACUGCAGGUACAGUAAAACUAUAGUCCAGACCAUCUUGCAAAUACGCAUGUAGUAUGGAUGAUCAAAAGAAAUCAUAUCAGCCAGCAGAUGGAGCUUGAGUAUUUUCAAAGACUGGAAGCAUCACUAGAUCCCCGUCGUGGGCUUCCAGGUUUGCUGAGAUAUAAAAGAGAGUCCCUGGAGAAGAUGUACAGUCCUCAGCCUCAAUCUCUGAAAGACUCUCCAAUAAGCUGCCAGUUCUGUGGUUUAAAAGCUCGGCCUCCUCUAAAUAUGGUUUAUGCGGAGAUGCAGGAGGACUUCUGCUGUGAAAAGUACAAAGAGUUGUUUGACAUUGUGGUCCACGAGAGACAUCUAACAGUAAAACAUCUGGAGAAAAGUCCCAGCGGAGCUGAGCAGCCAGAUGACCUCUUGGUGGACGAAGAGCUUCAAGUUAAAGGACAAGAAAGAGGAAAAAACAGACAUCAGCUGAGAGAAAUGGAAAGAUAUGAUAGACAUUCUCAGACUAAUUUUAUGACUGCAAAAAACUAUACCACACCAGUGUCCCAUACAAAAUCUGUCAUCAGUUUCCGGCUUUCUGACUGUGCACCCACAAAGAAUGGCUGGAGAUUUGAAGACAACAUGAAUGAGGAGAGCAGCUUUAGUCUGUGCAAACAGCCUUCUACUACACCAAGGUCAUUUGAGUUUGGUUUAACUCAUCCUCAGAUUAGUUCAAGUUUGUUAGAGAAGGACUAUUCUAACGGAGCUAAAUUUCUCACUGUGUUACCAGAUGGUUCGUCACAAGUUUUCUAUCCCUCAGGAAACUUGGCCAUCAUCAUCAUCAGAAGUGAGAAGGAAAGCGUUUGUAUCAUACAUGACGACCUCCCAAAUCCCGUUUGUCCAGUCAGAGCCCUUUUUAAGUCUGAUGGCCGAGCCACGUGUUACCAUGAAAAUGGCAGCAUUUGGUUAUCUAUGGAUGUUUGGGGCGGUCAGAGUCUAGAUGAGACGGGGAGAAGACUCCGAACAUGGAGCUGGACAGACUCUGGUCAAACACCAACAAUCCUGAGACCAAUUUUUUUGUCGCUUAACAGAAAUAUAGGCGUUCGGAUUCUUGGGCGAAAGAUGGCUUUUGUCUCUUUCCUUGCACGGGGACAGCAAGCAAGGUUUAGAGUAGGAGACUGCAUUUCGUCCAAAAAAAGUAUGGCACCGCCUCCACCACUCAUAUGCGAAGAAGAGCUAGUCCUUCUUGCAUGCAGAGUUGGCCUUUACAUGGCCUUGACACAGCUACAGCAGUGCCAUGCCUUCCCAUUCGCCUCCACACACCUGCAAGUCAGACCUCCACCCUUCAUCCGCUCACUGGCCCGAAAGCUGAAGAGCCUGAGCCACAAAGUGCAAAUGGAUGAAACAAACAAGAUCUUUAUCCAGCAAUGUCUGCAAUCUUGUUUAUGAGCUCUUGUAGUUUCAGUUCAGUCAGAUGCUGCACUUAUAGAAAGCACUACAAAAUAUCCAAUUGUUGGAUUUAUGAGUUUACUAUCAACCAUAACAAUUCACUUGUUAGCACUAUCUUCACAAUCAGACAUUAAUUCUGGACUUUUUAAAGGAACUGGUUUACUGCUAUUGCUUUAUCUAGCCAAACUAAGCGUGACUCUUGUGAAAUGUAACUGGCUAGAGUUUUCAUCAUUUAGCUGAUAAUUACUUAUAAGCUGAUAAUUUGUGUUAUUUUAUUUGUUAAAUAUUACAAGUAUUUCUAAUCUAAUGCUCUUUUUAUAUAUAGAAACAUGACAAAAUCAAAAAGCUUUCAGUAUUUAUUUUCAGUAAAAAAGUCGUCUAAUAAGGCAUGUAGAGUAGCAUCAAUCACAUGUCUAGAAAGCAUGUUAAUUGUUGGGCAUUAAAUUUACUUAAUAAUCUGCCCAUUAAGAGGAAUCCAGAAUGAAGACUACAAAGUCGGAUUAGUAUGCACUUAUCCAGAUCACAUUAGGUGAAAUGUCUAAACCCACCAUUCGAUUUAAAACUACAUAUUACAACACCACUAACUACUUAAAGUUUUUCAGUAAACUGCUGCGGGUCUGAUUUUUGAAAGAUUGAUAUAUUCUUGUAAAAUACUAUGUGUGAAUACAGUUGAAACAUCAUAAUAUUGUAAUUCAAUAUUUAUUGAUGUCUGUUUUCUGUUUGCAAGCCAUUCAUUGCAAUAAAUAAACAAUGAUUUUCUGUUAGA